AUGAUUACCAGUAGAGGCUCACCGAGGACAUCUAUAGUGGAGAGGGUUUGCAGGCUGCUGGCCGACGGCUCAGAACACAGGGGCCGUCUACAGCUGGUGUCUCCUAAGUAUGUAUUGGAUGUGGCUCUGGCCACUCCCACUGACUUCCGCACUCCCCUACAGAGAUGGGCUAUAGAGGAGCUGCAUCGAGGGGCAUCUCUAGGCAUGAAGGUCGUCCUUGAUAUGAUGUUGGAGAUGGUUUGUCGUAGUACUCGAUGCCAACAGGUUGGCCUUGUCAUGGAGUUACCAGAGCCGGUGAACAUCCAACAGGCUGAGGUCAUGGCACGAUGGCUGCUGGAGGCUGAUGAACUGUCUAAGGAGGAGGUGAUGGAUAUCGAUGCGGUCUUCUGCCCUCCAACGGAGAGCUCUCCUAUCGAGGAAGGUGCUCCAGUGCCGAACCCCCUUAAGGACUUAUGGCCAGCCCUACAACGCUUCUCCAUCGACUCCUGUGCCACCAGCCUGUAUGUCGAUAGGGGCUCGGGUGCUGAGGUGUCGACAUGGGAUGUGGACCGAUUGAAGGGUAUGAUGGUUGCGAUUCGAGAGAGGAUACGUAGGGCUGAGGAGAACCCCGAGGAUGAGGACCUACAGGUGCCGGUAGAGGUCAGUGAGAGAGUCAUGAAGGUGAUGGAGAGUGGUGGGUGGGAGGAGGUACCUUCCGAGGGGCCUACUGGGAUGGAGGACUCUCCUGACAUCCUGGAAGCCCUUACUGGAGAGUAUCUCCUUGAUGGUGCCAAGGGAGAUGUAUUCACAUGUCUCGACCUGCAUAGGAAGGGAGAGUGGAUUGGGGAGGGUCAUGGAGGGGAGGCAGAGGAGGAGCAUACCAACCUCAGGGGCAUCAUCAAUAGACUCGUCACGCAGUCAGAGAGGCUACUGGCUGACAUCCAAGGGCCUCAACAGACAACUGACUUCAGCUUGGAGGAGGCAACUCUCAUCAAUGGUGAUGGCCAUGAUGAGUGGGACUUGGCCGAACAGAUAAGGUAUCUCACCACUGUCCGCACUGGAGGGCCGCUGGAGAUGCCUCUACCCUUGGAUGGAGGAGGAGGAGGAGAGCCAAAGGAUAUCCUGAGGAUGGGGUAA